AUGGAGCGCUUGCUCCGCCUUAGGCCGGCAGAAGGUCAACGAAACCUGACAGUCAGGGAUGCCGUGCAGUCUUUGACAGAAAUCCUCGAGCAGCCUGGGCUUUCUGACUUGCAACAGCAUUGCUUUCAGUCAUCAUUCCUUCGACGACUACGGAAUUGUUUUCCUCAGGCCUACUUUGAAGUCCAUCCGGUGUCAGAAGUGGGGGCUCAGGCUUCGAACUGCAGCUUCUUUCGCCACGAACCGAUUUUUCCUGUGACAGCUCCGUUGCAGCGCAAUCUUGACAUCCUCGGCAUGCGAGCGCUGAAGUGCCAUCUCGGCCUAGCAUGCCCAUCGAAUCACAUGCUUCUCACAAAGGCAGAGCUUCAGGAGGCAGCUGCUCGGGCAAAUGCCAGGACAAGUGCGAAGAACUUUGGAUUGCAUAUUUUCAGGGUCAUUUCCUGGAUGAAGGAGCUAGUGCCUGGACGUCGUGUCUCGGAUGCCUUGAUCGGGGCUGUUGGACCGAGCUACAUCAACGUUCUGAUUCCUUCACCCUGUGCCAAUAUCCUCGAGCUCAAGGUGCCAGUGGCAGCUCUCUGUGGCGACACCUGUGCUUCAGACUAUGACGUAACCACACAGUCCAUUAGGCUAGCAAGCGGAGCAUCGCCCAUGGAGCCUGGUCUUGCAAUCCGCACGUGGUAUUUCCCGUCUAUGGUGUGCACUAUAGCAAGGAACUGCGCACAGCCCAUUCCCCAUCAUGCCGCUGCCAACUCAGUUCUGGUGUCUGAGAUGCUCUUUGAGGAAAAGCAUGGCGCCACCGCAUCCUUCUCCUUUCCUGUGGGCCAAAGAAUGUUCCCGGAAAUGUUCUCGUCAUGCCCUGAUCUCACCGAGUGGGCGUUGAUGGAUCGCCGUUUGGAGAAGUAUUCGGAACUUUGGGCCCGAGUUCGGACAUGCCAAGUCCACGCAGGAGCAGUCAACAGUUCUUUGUACACUCCAUCUUCCAAGGUGCAUGCCCCGAAGUGGCACGCAGCAGAUGCAACGUGGUACCUGCAGUGCAAGGUGGAGAUCGCGCUUGCUGAACAUCAGUGGCUUCAUGACGAGGAUCUGGCUGUUCUGAGCUGUCAACAGGCCGAUCGUAUUUUGGAGCUGCGCGGUGUCAUUUGUCAGGCACACUUCACCGGACACCGCAAGACUCACGGUGAGGAGGCUGUGCAGGCCUUCAGCAUCGAGAUAAAGUUAUCCCAAGCCUGCCAUGGACUCAGGGAGACAGGUGCAGAGUUCAUCAUGGCUGGCGCCACCCUUUCGAUUUACUUCAUCGCUGUGGCCCGGAACGAGAAGAAGAGCAUUCGAAUGCUGAAGGCACUCCCCGAAACGCUUCCACUUCAAGGCAUGCCCCUUACUUCGACCAGAACGACUUUGCAGCAGAAGCGAGAGAUGGAGAUGAGACCAUUGCUCACGAAGGCCCAAGUGAACCUGGCAUUGGACAAGCCAGAAUAUCAGGUUGAGGGCUGCAAGGGCCUUAAUGACAAGCAGCUGCUAGCAUUGAAACGUGGAUUGCAGAUGCCGUUCACGAUGGUCCAAGGCCCACCUGGCACUGGCAAGACCUCGUUGCUUCAGCAACUCAUCGUGGCCGCUGUUUCUGCCAUGCCUGGCAGACAUGGCAGGCAACCCAAAGACCGUGAUCGUAUUCUCGUUUGUGCACCGUCGAAUCAAGCUGCUGACCACCUUCUGGAUAGACUGGUCCGAGACACGACCAUUCCAGCCCAUUAUGUCACCCGUGUGUACUCAAGGUCCAUUGAGCAAGAGAAUGGAAGCACCUACAGCAGUCGCAAUUCCAGAAGCGAACGCAGAUUCGACAUCCAGAAUCACCUUGAAGAGCAUGCGCUACACUACAAAGUAAGCCAAGUUCUCCAUCCAUCCGCCAGGCAGUCUCAGAGCGACCAGAAGGCUUUCAAUCGAGCAUACGAGAUGGCGGAGGAGAAGGUCUUGAAGCAAAGCUAUAUCGUGAUCACAACCUGCGCCAACUCCUACCUUCACACGGCGCUUAGCCAUGGUGAUGGGGUCCGCCCUGUCUCUUUUCACACGGCAGUCAUUGAUGAAGCUGCACAGGCGAGCGAGCCUGAUGUUGUGCUUGCUGCAGCCCUCGCCGCUCACCGCAUCGUCGUGGUUGGAGAUCAUCAACAGCUAGGCCCAGUGGUACCUGAGCGCAACCUCUGCUCUGCCUAUGUCAUGGCCUUGGAGACCCCGUUCCUGGAGCGCAUGGUGCAAAAUCCUCGACGCCUUCGGCUGAGUACCAUGCUGGAUGUGCAAUACCGUAUGCAUCCCUCUAUCCGCAGCUUCCCAUCUACGCAGUUCUAUGAAUCGAAGCUCCUCGAUGGAGUUUCGAUGUCCUUCAGGCCAAAGCUGCGAUGUCUCUGGCCGCAGGAGAAGGAGCAUCGCCUCUUUAUCGAUUGCCGGAGCCCCCAAUCUAAGGACAGGAAUCCGUCGGCUCAGUCUGCGCAAAGUAUGACUUCCCUCAAAAACUCCGGUGAGGCAGAGGUUGUUGCUUCUGUUUGCAAGGCGCUGCUAGAUCAGGGUUGUUCAGGAAUGGACAUUGCAGUCCUUACCCCAUACACAUCCCAGCAACAUGAAAUUCGUGCACAGCUCGAGUGUGCCGUUGGACGCGGCAGGGCUUCAAGUAUCCUGGUGGGAACGGUGCAUGCCUUGCAGGGCUCAGAGCGGGAGUACAUCAUCCUCAGUUUCGUUCGAAGUGUCUCUGAAGAGAUGCAAGAUAUCACACGCUCCACGGAAGCUUUCUCAAAGGGAGACUCUACAGCGUUGCGUGAACUGCAUGCACAGAACAUCGGCAUAGUGUCGAACCGCAAGCUCCUGAACGUGGCUUUGACCCGCGCAAAGUAUGGCCUCGUUUGCAUUGGCAACGCAGAGGUGCUCAGCAGCGGAUCCAAAGACUGCCUGGACUUGAUCACGAGCCUGGACGGUUCCAGAUGCCUGGUUGAUCGACAAGGUUUUCUGAAGAGGCUGCGAGAAAGCUGCUGGCCAAAGUCCAAAAGCAGAGGAAGUCCUCCCACCGCCAGUGCAUUGUCAACGAUUCGGCCAGAGGACUCUGCUUCACAAGUUGGACUCCGUUUCUCGCCAACAAAGGAUGCCGGAACUGAAGGUUCUGUGCUGUCUGUAUCGAGUUCCAUCUCUGUCGUCUCGGAAGCUGGUACGGGACCCAAAUGCUUUCUGCGUGGUACCCUGUUGCCGGCUGCAAGUGGGAUGCAUGUUCCUGUUGAGUCCAUCGAUACUGGUACCCGAAUCAUCGCCGCAGGAAGCAGUGACUUAUUGCAGGUGGCUGACGUGCAUUCUCAUCGUGGUGACUUUGACCUUGUCGAGAUACAGACUGAGUGUGCACGGAUUUUGGUGACCUCAACUCAUCGGAUUGUCAUGGAGUGGGGCGAGAGGAGGCAAGCCAGUCGAGUAAACGAAGGUGACCUUGUGCAAACGAGCGGUGGUGCUGCUCCCGUCAUGCACGUGUACCGGUACCGGUACUCAGCUCUUGUCGACGUCGUCCAAGUCGUGUUCCAUCCAGACCAACCGGUUGAGGCCAUUUGGCCUUCCCCACACCGGGUCUGGACGUGCGGCCAUCCUCCCACACAAGCUGCUCCACCUGCUGGGAAGGCCUGUGGCAAGGGAAGACACCGGGCCACUCGACGCUCCGGCCAAAAUAGACGUCCAGGAUUCCGGAAUGAACCAGGCACCUCCUCUGGGGGAACGCGAGAUGGAACAAGCCACACAGACAGCUAUCAAGGAGACGCGGUCAGUGUUGCAGAGACCUUUGAUCAGUUCGAA